CUGCGAAUGUAUAGGCAGGUGCUCUCUAGUGUCGUGUUCACAACAAUUUACAACAAAGAGAGAGUGUGAGUGUGGCUUGCGCUACUCACUAUUAAUUCGUGAUUGAGGCUCUAGAGUUACUAAGUACAAUUCCCGUGCAUGCCCUUCUUGUUCGUACUUUUUGUAUCGUACACUCAUUUCACAUGAUUGCGACCUUUGUAUUCGUUUUGACAGGUCAAAAAUCUAAAAUCUUUCUCCUCGCAAAUGGAUUCGACAGAAAUCACUCAGAUGCCAUAGUAAUUAAUUGUUCAGGAGAGAAGAUGAUGAUGACUAUUCUUUGCGGAAAAGUUCCUCUAGCGCAACUUCCUACCCUCUCAGUUGUAGUGUUAUCAUUGCUGAUUAUUCAAAACUUUACUACUAGAUGCGAAGCGAAUCUGAAACUACCGACAUUUGUGGCGUCGCACAUGGUGCUCCAGAGAGAACCUUUAUCUUCUAGAAUUUGGGGUUGGGCUGACCCGGGAAGCUUGGUCCGUGUGUCAUUGGAUUCAAAGAUAUACACGGACACCAAUGCACAACCGGAUGGGUCUUGGAUUAUCGAGCUUCCGCCCCAACCAGCGGGUUCGGACCACAAAAUUCUCAUUGCGGAUGGCGAGACUUCUAUAACUCUACAAGAUGUUGCCUUUGGAGAUGUUUACCUGUGUUCCGGUCAAAGCAACAUGGAACUGAGCUUGCCAGCAGUGUUCAACGCUAGUGCGGAAAUCGAGGAUAGUAGUAAUUAUCCAAAUUUACGGCUCGCAACCGUAGACAAGGUGACAUCGGAUACCCCACAGAAAGAUGCUCCCUCAAAGUCUCCCGAUUAUGCCUGGGCAAGAUCUGGUCCUGACGCGAUGAAUCUGAAUGAUACCUUUAAAUACUACUCUGCAACGUGCUACUUUUUCGGAAGAGAGCUCUACAAGGCACUGGAUUCUGAAAUUCCGAUCGGCCUCGUCACGUCUUGUUGGGGCGGGCAAACCGUAGAAACCUUUUCGUCACCGGAUGCCCUCGCGGACAAGAGCUGCGGCGGUACCCGUCCGGUGCAUGGCACGGAUGGCGGUGGGGGGCGCAACGGAACCACCGUCGUCACCUCCGGCCCGGGUCCUCGGCCCACGCAAUUGUGGAACGCAAUGAUUCAUCCGCUGGUCAACAUGCGCUUUGCAGGCUCGGUUUGGUACCAGGGAGAAUCGAACGCGUUUGACCCAGAGUCCUACGCGUGUCGCUUUCCAGCAAUGAUUCGCGACUGGAGGCUGAAGUUUGGCCUUUCGGACCUUUCGUUCUUCUUUGUUCAGCUGGCGGGCUUUCACGGGACCAAAGACGACUGGCCCGGUCUGCGUGCCGCGCAAAUGGCAGCCACCCAGCUGCCCAGGGUCGGAUACGCGGCGGCAAUCGAUCUCGGCGAUCCAUCCUCUCCCAGCUCUGCAAUCCAUCCCCGGCGCAAGCUGGAGGUGGGCCGCCGCCUUUCCCUGAGCGCCCGCACCAUUCAGUAUGGGGAGCGCGGGGGGCUCGUUUCCACUGGUCCGAUCCUGGCCGGUGUUCAGCAACUCCCGACGUUUUCGACCACCCACACGAUUCGGUUGUCCUUUUCUCCCGGCACGGCGGAUGGCCUACACGUGCACGGCUCUCCGGAGUGUUCUUUGUGCUGCGAGAAACUCCCGUUUCGGGUUCUGGAUGCAAACGGAACCUGGUCGCGGGUGGACGGGGCCGAGGUUCGAGAUUCCGAAAUCGAUUUGUCCUCAAACGUUGGUCCGGUCUUUGGCGUCCGGUAUGCCUGGGAACUCUAUCCAGAGUGCUUGGUAUACAACGGAGAGGGCGGACCGGACGAUCAUGCGGGCAUUGCUGGAGCUCCCUGGGAAUGGUGUUCGGAACCAUCCGGCGAUCCUGCUUGGACGGGAACGGCAUGCAAAGUGCCGGCUUCGGCCAAAGGGUGAAAUAUUUGUUCGCUACGGACAACUGUGAUCGGGCGAUGAAACCGGUGGAAGGAAAGUCGACUCUGCAGCUCAAUCAAUAUUCCAAACAAUCGCUCGCAACUCGAUCUACAAGCCUGCCAGGGUCCGCAGGCAUUCUAAUGUGCACCUCCACUCUACACGCUCGGCAGUCGUGUUGGGAAUUCGCAUUUGUGCGUUGGUCGAAUUUGUCUUUGGUUUGCUCGAUAGGGAGCAAACAAAUCAGAAGAAACAGGACACAUUGCCUACCACAAUCUCCAGAGCGGCGACGGGACGGGACGAGUCCAAGCCUACCUCUCAGCCCGGGCUGCACCAAUAUCAAAAGAGAGCACUGCUACGGAACUAAAAGAAUGUAGUGCAGUAGGAAGUUGCAAAUAAUAAAAGGGUAAAUCAUUA